AAAUGCUGAGAAUGUUAAUGCAUCAAAAGACACCAAAAACCCUUCAGUUACAGACGUACAACAAAUGUCUUCUAUUGAACUAUCAAAACAGGCCCUGUUAGCAAAAGUCAUUGCAAAACAAAAAGAAAGUCCAAAGGAGAAAAAGUUAGCAAUAGGGAAAAUUUCUCGCACUUCACAUGUAGAGAAAGGUAAGGAUGAAUCAGAAAUGAGUCAACCUAUGAAGAAGACACCAAUGAUAAAGAUAGGCCCUAUUGUGAUGAGUAAAGGUAAAGACUCGGACACUAGUACUGCAUUGGGUGAAUCUUCAGAGGAUGGUGAAAUCAAGUCUGAAUCUGAGAAUGAAAGCCAUGGUAAACAUAGAAUUGCCUUUGAUCCAGGUCGAAACUUACCCAUAUCUCCCUUGGUAAUGGAAAAAUCUCGUGAAGACUUGAAUCCCGCUUCCUCUGGGUUUGGAGUAAUACCAAAGAAAGUGAUAGCUCCUCCUACUUUUGAAGGAGAAAAUCCUUAUGCAGAAUCAAACCCACACAAUGCAUCAAGUGCUUCUGAAUCGGAUGAGUCCAAGUUUGAUGAUAGAGAAUAUUAUAAGAAAGUGGAUGAAUUUCUGAAGAAAGUGGAAAAGCCUAAAACAACAGUGGAAAGAAAGUUUGAUGAAUUUCUGGAAAAGGUUAGAAAACCUAAGCCAGAUUCACCAAGUUUAGAGGAAAAAGUAGAUGAAUUUUUAAAGAAGACAGAAAAGAAGGACUCAAGGGAAUGCAGCUACGAUGAGUAUACAAGCAGCAAACGUGAUAGAGAUGACUAUGACAGAUCAAGGGAUAGAGAUAGAGAUCACAAAGAUAGAGAAUAUAGGGACAGAGAAAAGGAUAGAGACACCAGAGACAGGGAUAGGAAACGUAGAGAUAGAGAAUAUGAGGAUCGGCAUAGAGAAAGAGAUAAAGAAUAUGAUGAAAGACAUAGAGAAAGAGACAAGGAAUAUGAUGAUAGGCGUAGAGAUAGAGACAAGGAAUAUGAUGAAAGGCGUAGAGAUAGAGAAAAGGAAUAUGAUGAUAGGCGUAGAGAAAGAGAUAGGGAUCAUGAUGAACGACAAAGAGAUAGAGACUAUGUGGACCGACAUAGAGAAAGAGAACGUGAUGACAGGUAUAGAGACAGAGAUUAUGAGGACAGACACCGGGAAUAUGAUGAUAGGCAUAGAAAAAGAGAAAGGAGAGGUAGUAGAGAAAGAAGCAGAUCAAGGGAAAGGUAUAGAGAUAGAGGAAGAGAAAGAUCAAGAGAAAGGAGCCGAAGUAGAUCUAGAAGUAGAAGUAGAGACAGGGAUAGGCGACAUUAUGAAAGGAGGUCCGGCAGAAGUAGACCUGAAAGAGAAGAGAGACGACACAGGGAUAGCAGCGAUGAGGAGCGAUCACCUAAACAUAGAUCAAGACGCAGUAAGUCAGAUAGAGAGGAAGAAAAGAAGAAAAAUCUUACUGAUGAAUGGCUGAAGUUUGAGAGCCAGUUAGCAGCCAAAAAGAAAAUGUUAGCAGAAACAGCUGCAACUUCCUCAGCAACUGCAGCACCUCAGCAACAGCCUGCAGUGCAACCAGCACCAACUGAAUACUACCAGGAUGCAUAUGGUAAUUACUACCCUGUACCAGUGACCCAAGCAAAUACCAACAGUGCCUACCAAACGUAUUCACAAUAUUCAAAUGUGGAUCCAAACACUGGAUAUCCAGUACCUCCUCAGCAGACUGUGAUGUCUCAGCCUCAGGUCUAUCCUCAUGACACAUAUCCUUCAAUGCAGCAAGUACCAACCCAGACCUCUAACAUGUACAAUGUGCCAAAUACUCCAGUUUACAAUACUCAGGGACAGCCUGUUCAUCAGGAAAUGGUUUAUGGUCAGGAGCAGACACUUCACCCUCCAGUCCAACCAACCCCUACUGCGGUGCCAAGAACAGCUGUUGUGUAUGGGCACGUACCCACUCAGCCCAGUAUUCUGUCAGCCAUCUCUUCACCAGCUGUGGUACAACCUCCUCCGAACACCCCUGGCUAUCCUGGUCAGCCAAUCCAGCCACUUAAUCAGCCUGAAGUUGGUUCAGUUCCUCCAAUGAACCGCUUGCCAAACAUUGUACCUCAACAACCGGGUAUCCCAAGAUUCCCUUCCAAGGUCCCAAGCACAGCUGUCAGGCCUCAAAGAGUAAACUCUCCUCCUAUAUUUACACCUCCAGUUCGGCCCAGUGGAUACAUUUCACCUCAAAUAACAGAAGAGAACAGGGGUGAGCCAUCCACUCCUACACCUUCUGAUGGUGAAGAUGAAGAAAUGGCGACUGGUGAAAAGAAAGAGGGAGCAGAGCCUCAACCCUCUCAACCUGUGACCACCUCAGAGAUCGAGGGAUCCUCACAACCAGCCCGUAAUGUCAACAGACAUCUUCCUAUCAAACUGGGCUUCAAGCAAGCCAUUAAAGACAGUGAAAUAUCACACCCACCACCGUCCUCUUCUCCACAGGUCAAGGAAGGAAAACCAGAGAAAGUCAAGUCCAGAUGGAGAAGAUAUAGUGAACUUGACUUAGAAAGUCCCUCAAGGAGUACUAUGUCUCCAUCUCUUGAUAAUGUGUCUUCCUCCACAUCUCAGUCAGAAACAGAAAAUGUAGAAGAAAAGGAUUUAUCUGAUUUAAGGAAAGUUGUGGAGAAUUAUGAUGCUUGGGAUCCAUCGUGUGAUCUUCUAGGGAUACCAUCAUCAAUUCUAAUGAAACCAGAGACUCAGAAGAAAGAGAAGAAAGAUAAAGAAAAGCAGAUGAUACAGAAUGCCGAUAUUACAUCACAGGUCACAGAGGUCAAAGCUGAAGAUAAGGACAGCGGAACGAAGAAACCACCAUUUGAGAAUAUAGAUGAUAAUAUUUAUCUUUGUGAAAGGAAGAAGACAAAGAAGAUGAAGGAUGUCAGAAGGAUGCUUUGUGACUGCACGACUAGUAAGGAGGAUCGAGACAUGGGGUACGAAGCUUGUGGGGAGGACUGCCUCAACAGGAUGUUGUACAUUGAGUGUGGAAGCAGAUGUCCAUGUGGAGAAUAUUGUACAAACAGGAGGUUCCAAAAGAAACAAUAUGCUGAUGUAGAGCCAUUUGAGACAGAUUGGAAAGGAAUGGGAUUAAGAACGAGGGUGGCACUUCAACCGGGUGACUUUGUGAUGGAAUAUGUAGGGGAAGUUCUGGAUUACAAACAGUUCAAGUCCCGAGUGAAACUGCAAUCCAAAAUGGGUCAGGAGCACCAUUACUUCAUGGCCUUAAACUCGGAUGAAGUCAUUGAUGCCUCGUACAAAGGGAACGACUCAAGAUACAUGAACCAUAGCUGUGAUCCAAACUGUGAAACUCAAAAGUGGACAGUAAAUGGGGUCCUCAGGGUGGGAUUUUUUGUCAAGAAGGCAGUAGAGCCAAUGACAGAGCUCAAUUUUGAUUAUCAGUUUGAAAGAUAUGGUAAAGAGGCCCAGAAGUGUUUUUGUGGUUCUGAGAACUGUCGGGGUUUUAUUGGAGGCAGUAAGACCACUCCACUCCGCUCUACGAGGAAACCUGAGGAAGAGAGGAAGAAAAAGACAGAAUUUGAGGAUGAUCUGCUGGAUGAGGAGCUGGAGGCUAUCACAGAGUUGGAGAAUGGUCUGAGGAAUAAAGAUCAUGUCCUCAAUAUCUGUCGUCUGAUGGUGAGGGCAGAAUCACCAGAUCACAGAAUCACAAUCCUCAAGUGUUUACAAGAUACUGUUGAGGAUAACUGUUUACGACUGUUUCUGGACUAUCAUGGCCUGGAAUUACUAUGGAGCUGGAUCACAGACAGCAAGGAGGGACCAGAGGAUGUCAAAAUCAUGAUUUUAUCACUUCUGAAGAAGCUUCCAAUAACUAACAAAAACAUUCUUAAAGACAGUAAAAUCCUGCCAUUAAUUUGUCGAUUGGCUGGUCGGGAUGAGAAUGAUGACCUUUCAACAGUCACAAACCCCAUUUUUUCUACAACCCUGGGCCAGAGGGGGGAGACCAAGUCAAUUCUUUCCUCCUCAACAGGCAAAGACAAGUCACAGAAAAAGAGAGUUAAAUUUGCAGAUGAGGCCUCUAGUUCUGACAAUGAGUCACAUUCUAGUACCACGGACACUCUUGGUGAUUCUGCCUCUGGUGAGUUAGAAUCAGAGGCUGCCCCGAGGCCAAAGUCUGAGUCCUUAUACAAACAGGUGCUUGAUAAGAGCCUGGGUGUAGGUUCAGAGAUGGAUCAAGAAGAAAGUAAAGAGGCAGGCGAGUCAUCUCCUGCAGAUUCUACUAACAUCGAAGGGGAAGAAGGGGAGGAGAGAAAAGUGUCGGAAGAAGAGGGUGUUAUCCCUGGGGAUGAGGAGGAGAAGAAGACUGGCCCAGGGGAUGAGCAAAAAGGGGUCCCAGAAGAUGAGGAGAAUGAAUAUAAAGGGGAGGAAGAACAGAAGGAUGAAGCUGAAAUGAAGAGCGAUAUUGAACUACAGGCAGAGGAACUAUUGUUCUUAUGGAAAGACCUGAAGGAAUUAUUCAAGAUUCCAAAGAAACAGCAAGUUGAAGAAAGGAAAAGAAUAGAGAAAGAAUUAGGCACAACCAAGGAUAUUGAUUUAGAAACACUGGAAAUGAUACAAGAUAAAAGCAAACAAAGAGCUGCUGGUUGGGACACAGGUAUCAGAAAAAGGAAGAGGGCUCCUCCCCCUCCCCCACCAAUGGAUGAUGAUGAUAGGAAAGUACUUUUACCCACACCACCAAAGAUCAGCAAGGCGGAGCACCGGAAAAUGUUUGAGGCUAAAGUAAAGGCUAGAGAAGAGAUGGAGAUCAGAGAAAGACAGCAACAAGAAGCAUUCCUGAACCAGUUCUACAGUGAUCCCAACAACAUUCUGUACUUCAACAGGACACCAAACCAUCCACUGUAUGGCAUGCCACCAGAUCAACAACUACAGAUCCUCCAAUCCCAGCCAUUAGAAGUCCAGUAUCAGAUGGUACAGGGAUACAACUCACAGGAGGUGGUAGAGCAGUAUAUUGACCCCAAUACAGGAAUGCCAAUCACGGUGGAACAACUCCAAGCCAUGUAUCAACAUCAACAGCAGCCAGAGGUCAUGUAUACAGAGGAUGGACAACCUAUACAACAAGUCUGGCCACAACAACAGGUCCAGCAGCAAUAUGUGAAUGCUGAGGGACAGUUAGUGUCUGUUCAUCAGGUAGACCAACACCUGGUGUACUCAGGGGUUCCCCAACAGCAGAUAAUGACCCAGACAGUGGAGGUACCAGGCACACAGGUGACCCAGAUACCUGGACAGCCGGUCUAUCUACAGCAGAUUGGUCCAUAUGGUACUCAGACACAGCUAGCAGUUGUUCCCCCUGUUGCCAUAGCCACCACUUCCUCAGCUGAUGAUGAUGAUCCCCCUCCACCUCCUUCACCCCCAAAACCAAAAAUAGAGAAGUUGCCUCCCAACUGGAAGUCUGCCAAGGACUCUGAGGGAAAAACCUAUUACUAUCACACUGUCACAAGACAAACUCAGUGGGAUCCACCUUCCUGGGAUGGUAUUGAAGCAGACGACUCCAUGGAUCUGGAGUCUCCAUUGUACGAGGAGAUUGUGAAGGGCAAGAGUAAGAGGGCCACAACAGCUGCAGCAGACACAUCCAGUGAAACUGUGAAGAGAAUCAAAGACCAAUUUAGACGACAGAUGUCUUCCUAUAUUGUAGUGUGCCUGAAUCCAUUCAGAAAACCUGACUGCAAGGCUGGAAGAAUCAAUUCUACAGAGGAUUUUAAACAUCUGGCAAGGAAGUUAACACAUCAUGUGAUGGCCAAAGAACUGAAACAUUGUCGUCAUGUGGAAGAUCUGGAGGUCAACGAAAAUGUGAAAUCCAAAGCCAAGGACUAUGUUAAGAAAUAUAUGGGCAAGUUUGGCAGUGUUUAUCGUAAAACGGGCUCACCAGAUAUUUGAGACAUAUUAUCAUAAAACAGAUUAAGCAAAUAUCUGAGACCUUUUAUCAUAAUACAGGCUCAACGGAUAUCUGAAACUACAUUAAAUGAAUUGAAUAUACGUGCUUAUUCUGAUUUUUGGAAAAAGAAUCUAAAGAAUACUUGAUGAAAGCAAACCAAAUGUUACCACAAUACAGAAAAUUAUGCGUUUUAACAUUUAAAAUGUAAAACUUGAACAGUGCUACAUCCUCUAACUUACAAUAGUCUUAUGUUUCUUUGCCCAAAAUAUCCGGGAUGGGAGAUAAUAUCCAACACACAAGGUGUACUUAUUUUAUUGUUAUGAAAUUCACUAAAUUUCAUUAUUUUUUCCUAAUGUUUAAAAUAGUUCAAAUUUGUGACAGAUAAAUUUGACAUAUAGUAUUAGAAACAAGGAAACAGUUCAUGUUAAGAAAAUGGACUUUAAGAGUAUUGUAAUAUUUAAUAUUUAACAGUCAAAUAUUAUGUUGAUCUGUGAAUGCAUCAAACAGCAGGUUAUCAGAAAAGGCAGCAAUUUUUAUAUGGUUUGUAUGUUUAAUUGUUGUCUUCUAAUCCAGCAGAAUUAUUGUUUUAAUUGUGUGCAUUCUUGAACCAUGUGGCAAUAAUUGAAUUGGCGUGUUUGUGUUUUGUUACAAUUCCUUCAAUUGAAAGUUAACAUUUUUUAUGUCACAUUAUUUUUACAACAUGAAUCAAAUAAUUGUGGUGGACAUUUUUACAAGAGGAUUUAUGUUUGUGAAUUUGUAUGAGUGUAAUUUUUGAGGUAUUUUUCUUCUAAAGAAAUAUGUGUCCUAUGUGUUUACUAGUAUUAAAACUGAAAUACAUUUAUUACAAAUACUUAAAUGGCAUUUAAAAAUACUAGUACUCCAUAGCUAUGAAUGUUGAAUGAAAUUGUCUUUUCCAAUAAUAGUUUUCAUAAUGUGUCAAACAUUGAAUGAAGUGCUUAUAUGUUUCAGUCAUUUUUUUUAGAGAUACAUGUAGUCAUAUGUAAUAAAUUUUCAUCUAUCAUUUUGGUUUAAAGACAGAUGUCCCUCAUUUUAAAUAAGUAAAUGUACAUACUCUGUUUUAUAGAUGUUUAGUUAUUUUUAAUUGAUAAAAUUAUUGUUGCUGUGAUAUAACAGCAGAUUAUUAUUUUGAAUUAAAUUGUUUUAAAUUGAAAUAAAUAUUUGUUAAAGU